AUGCCUCUCGACCGAUCUGCAAUCCCGAGUAUGUCCGCCCUGCAAGACGCACUCAGCAGUAGUGAUUCUGAAGUAAUCGGUUUCUCAAUAUGGCAAAAUGUUACUAUUCACUCUGAAUUCGGAUGGCAAGAGUAUUGGCAAUACCAAGUUGAAGCGAUUGAUUCGAUGAGUGCUGAACGUAAAUUCACCGAUAAAAUUCGGGAUUGUGAACAUGCAAAAUGGUACUUCUUGAAGCAUACCGUUUAUACGAAAGGUUAUUUUACGUGUUUUGUUCAGAAUGUUCGAAGUCUUUGA